AUGAGUUUACCUGAAAGUUCAAAUGUUUCUCUACAAAGUGAAAAUAAACCCACUGUUCAUGAAUCUAACGAUAAGCAAGGUGAAUUAAAAAAUUCUGACACGCACUCUAAAGAACAACCUGAACCUAACGAUAUGCAAGCUGUAUUAAAACUUUCCUACAUGAACUUUCAAGAACUUAACGAAAAUAUUAAGAACGCAGCAAGUCACCUUAGAAAUUCUUGUACCUGCCUUCGCAAAUGCUAUGUUGACAGCGCCUCUUCUGUUAAAGAAUUUGUUGAUCUUCGUGGUAAAAUUACAAAUAACGCCAAGGUUUAUACCGAAAAGAUCUUGCCGUUUGCAGUUUUAGUUGUCAGAGGAGUCAAAGAUUGGAUUGAAACUUACGAAGGACUACCUUUUGAAAUAUUUAAAGAAGAUGUCAAUGAUUUUUCCACGUGGGUUUCCGAACAACAUAAGCUCUCACAUUUUACUGCAAGAAUUCACGAAGAAAUUCUUAAGAGCUUCAAAAUUGAACAGAGAAAUGCAAUCAACACUUUAAAAGCACUUGAAGAAAAUACAAUCUUGAAUCGCGAACAGGCUACGCCAUCACGAUAUUCUGCAAAUUUUAAUUAUUUCUUAGCAAACAGUCCAUUCUCGUGUAUCAAUAAAGAUUUCAUGAUUAAGGCCUUAAAAGAGCUAUGCAACAAAAUUGCAAAAAAUGAAGAAGCAAAGUUGGCAGAAGCAGCAGCACGUAGCAUCGAUGAACUUGAUCAAUCAAUAGAAAAGUUUAUUCGCUCUGUGAUAGGCAUUAAAGAUUUUUUUAACAUUCUUAAAAACGAUCUAUCUACCCUCGUGAGUAACCCUGAUGAUGAACAAAUAAAAAUGCAUUACGACAAAUGUAAAAAUCAUGCAAACGUCAUCAUCAAUAACUGUAUAUCUUAUAUUAGCAUUAUUCCCUAUUGUGAAACCGAUCUUCAAGCUAUCCCCGACGAAUUUGAUAAAAAUUAUGUCGAGAAAUGGUUCGAGGAGAAAAAUAUAGAAAUUAAUGGACAACAAAUACCUUUAUCAGAAUGGGGAAAGGAGUUAUUCGUUGCAAAUAAUUCUGCUUCACGAAUGUUAUCUUAA